ACACUGAGGGGAGCUGAGGACCUGCACCAGGAGCACACCAGGAGCACCCCAGGGAGCCCACCCAGUCCAGCUGUGCACCAGAGGCUCUGGGGGUCUCCACCCUGCAGCCAUGGCCGUGCCACCCCACAUUCUGCGCCUGUCGUGCACGCUGCUCCUGGCCGACCUGGCCCUUAUGUUGGUUCUGACCCACUUCUUCCCAGCACUGGCCCAGUUGGGCCAAAUGAGCUCCUGGCUGGAGGCUGUGCUGCGCCUCCUGGUGCUGGGGGGGGCCAAGCAGCUGCUGGCCCCCAAAGGACCCCAUGGGGCUGCAGUGUUGCUGAGCCUGACCCCAGCCAUCUUCCUGACCCUACGGGGCUACAUGGGGCUACCUGGAGCUGCCCCGGUGCUGCUGGCCACAGCCACACCAUCCUGGCUCGUGCUGACCCACGGGACAGCUUUGGUGGCAUUGCUCACCUGGAGCCUCCUUGCCCCGACUGUGGCUGUGGGGGCAAAGGAUGCAGAGACCUGGGUGCCCCUGAAGAGGUUGCUGGCCCUCGCCUGGCCCGAGUGGCCCCUCCUCAGCUGUGCCUUCUUCUUCCUCGCCUUGGCUGCACUGGGUGAGACCUCAGUGCCCUACUUUACCGGGAGGGCCCUGGAUGUCCUCCGCCAGGGGGACGGGCUCACCACCUUCACUGCUGCUGUCGGCCUCAUGUGCCUGGCCUCUGCCAGCAGCUCUCUGUUUGCCGGUUGCCGCGGUGGCCUCUUCACCUUCAUUGGGUACCGCUUCGUUUUGCGCACCCGUGACCAGCUCUUCUCCAGCCUGGUUUACCGGGACCUCGCCUUCUUCCAGAAGACCACAGCAGCCGAGUUGUCCUCCCGGCUGACCACCGACGUGACGCUGGCGAGCAAAGUGUUAACACUCAACAUCAACGUCAUGCUGCGGACACUGGGGCAGGUGCUGGGGCUCUGUGCCUUCAUGCUGGGCUUGUCUCCACGCCUGACUUUGCUGGCACUGCUCGAAGUGCCGCUCGCUGUCGCAGCACGGAAAGUCUAUGACAGCCGGCACCAGAUGCUGCAGCGAGCCGUGCUGGAUGCAGCAGCCAACACCGGAACAGCAGUGCAGGAGUCCAUCUCUUCCAUUGAGACGGUACGAGUCUUCAAUGGUGAGGAGGAGGAGGAGCGCCGCUACAGACAGGCACUGGACAGGACCCUACGGCUGCGGGACCAGCGGGACACAGAGAAGGCCAUAUUCGUUCUCAUCCAGAGGGCGCUGCAGUUGGCUGUGCAGGCUCUGGUGCUGUACUGUGGGCACCAGCAGCUCCAUGAUGGGACCCUCACCGCCGGCAGCCUCGUUGCCUUCAUCCUCUACCAGACUAAUGCUGGCAGCUGCGUGCAGGCUCUGGCGUAUUGCUAUGGUGACCUUCUGAGCAAUGCAGCAGCUGCCUGCAAGGUCUUUGAUUACCUAGACCGGGAGCGAGCAGUGGGCACUGGUGGCACCUACGUGCCCACCAAGCUGCAGGGCCACAUCACCUUCCAUCGGGUGUCCUUCGCCUACCCCACUCGCCCCGAGCACCUCGUCCUGCAAGAUGUCACCUUUGAGCUGCGCCCCGGUGAGGUGACGGCAUUGGCAGGGCUGAAUGGCAGCGGGAAGAGCACCUGUGUGGCACUGCUGGAGAGAUUCUAUGAGCCCAAGGCUGGGGAGGUGCUGCUGGACGGGGUGCCACUGCGGGACUACGAGCACUGCUACCUUCACCGCCAGGUGGCACUCGUGGGGCAGGAACCUGUGCUCUUCUCCGGCUCCAUUCGGGAUAACAUUGCCUAUGGGAUGGAGGACUGUGAGGAGGAGGAGAUCAUAGCAGCUGCAAGGGCUGCGGGUGCUUUGGGCUUCAUCUCUGCGCUGGAGCAAGGAUUCGGCACCGAUGUAGGGGAGAGAGGGGGGCAGCUGUCAGCAGGGCAGAAGCAGCGCAUCGCUAUUGCCCGAGCUCUGGUCCGGCAUCCCACCGUCCUCAUCCUUGAUGAAGCCACCAGUGCCCUGGAUGAGGAUGGCGAUGUGAUGCUACAGCAAUGGGUACGGAAUGGGGGGGACCAGUCAAUGCUGCUCAUCAGCCAUCAACCCCAGAUGCUGGAGAAGGCAGACCAUGUUGUGGUGCUGGAGCAUGACACGAUGGCUGAGAUGGGGACACCCACCGAACUGAGGACCCGCAGUGGAUCCUACAGCCGGCUGCUGCAGCACUGAGGACCACAGGGCAGCUGGAGUGGGAUGCGAUGGGACAUGGGGAGCUGUGGCUGUCUCCGCUCCCCGCUGCAGGAUGGGAAGAGUGGGAUGCUCUGGGAUUUGUAUGGAAUAAAGCGGAGAUGUUUUGUAGAGGA